AUGAGAAGUAAAGUUGUUAAAUUUUUGAACUACUACUAUUUAAAGUUGUUAAAUCUUGAAGAUUUUACUAGAUUGCUAAAUAGUGCUAUCUCUGAAAUUACAGACGAUUUUUAAAAUGAGCAAGAUUUAUGCAACUUUAUAGCUACCAAGGUUAAUAAGACAUUCUCAAAGGAUAAUCUUUAAUACAGAGUUCUUGUAAAGAAAGACUUCAAUAGGAACUAGUCAGCUGUAUUAUUUGUAUUUCAUCAUGGAAUAUGUGAUGGUGUUGGAUUUCUCAACUUUCUAAGUGCUAUCUAAGAUUAAUUUGACGUUAAAAAUUUGCCUUUUGUCAGGGAAAGAACACUAAUGGAAUAAAUCUAAAGAUACAUGAAAAUUCUAACAGCAAUAUUCUAUUUAAAUUAAGGUCAGGUCUAGAAAAUUGAAAGGUCCUAAUUAUUCUAAAAUACCAAUAAUAAUCAAACUGAGUUUGUAAUAUCCAAUGACUUUAAGUUAGAUGAACUGAAAGUAUUAUCAAGAAAUUAUAACUGCUCUAUAAAUGAUAUUCUAAUUGCGGCUACCAUCCUCGCUAAUCAAAGACUCUCAAAUAUUUAUGGAUUCGGUGACUUCAAAAUAUAUGACGCGCUAAUUGCUAUAAAUCAAAGAUCUCCUUUGACUUAGUUAUAAGACUUGAUCUUAAGAAAUCAAACUAUGUCAUAUUACUUGAAAGUAUAGUUAGAUUAAGAAGAUCUGUUUAAGGAAAAGAAUGCCACUUAAGUUAUUCCUAAAAUUCUUAAAACUUUUUAAUCCGAGCUAUAAAAAGUAAAACAGGAUGAUAGAGAGGGGCUCGUACUCUGA